AUGAAUAAAAGGAUAUUUAGUUUAGUAUGUAUUACCUUGUAUGUCCUUUUGGCUGUGCCAAUGCAUUGCUCCGAACAGAAAGUAUCUGGCUUAGGAAAUAAAAUAAUUCGUACUAUCAAAAAAAUACACGGAGGAAACGAACAAAAUGGUAUAGAAUCUAAACGUGAAACCCAAUUAAAUAAUAGCAAUAGUAGAGAUCCUAAAGAUGAUAAAGACAAUAAAAGAAGGGAUUAUAAUAAAGAAAUGGACCAUGAAUUUUGGAUGUAUAUGAAUUUCUUUCUUUCUGACUGA